UAGGAUCUACAUUUAUUUUUUUAUUUUUUCUUCUUUUCCAUGACAAAAAAUUUACUUGCACACCCCAUGUUCCUGCGAGACUUAACCUUCAUACCAUCUACUUUAAAAAAUAAAAAAAUGUCAUUAUGUUACACUGCGUUGGUACAUACUUAAAUUAACCCAUUAUAUCUAAUGAAUAAAAACAAAAAAACAAUAGUGUGCGGAUGGGAUACAACUAUAGAGAUUAGAGAUUCUUUACUAAACUAGUAACCUUUGGUGCGUGGGUCGCAAAAUAAACUUCAAAUAUACAAACAAGGGUUGCAAAGUAAAUUUUGAAUUUUUAAAUAACUACAAUCACUCGCGAGUUUAUGGUAUGCGCAUAAUCCUUUACCACUGUGCCACCCAUUUGGGUUAAAAAAAAUAAAUAAAUAAAUGCCCUUACUUUCACUCACCAAAGUUUUUGGGUCAAAUGAAGAAGCUGUUAAACCAAAAUCUCAUCUUUGCCCUCUCAUCCUCCUCUCUUUCCCGUCAAAUCAGACUGUCACUUUUUCAUACCAAAACCCAAAUCAUUGAACUUCUUCAAGAAUCUACUGAUUCUGUUUCUGUAACCUCUAUGCACACCAAUGUAGUAAAACUAGGGUUUUCAAAUGAUACCUUUACCACUAAUCAUCUCAUAAAUGGUUACAUAAAACUGCAAAGAAUUGGUGUUGCACAUCAACUGUUUGAUGAAAUGUCCGAACCCAAUGUUGUGUCAUGGACUUCUCUCAUUGCUGGUUAUAUUAACACUGGACAGCCUAAAAUGGCGCUUUGGAUUUUUGGAAAUAUGUCCAGUAGUACGGUCAUGCCCAAUGCUUUCACAUUUGCAACUAUCGUCAAUGCGUGUUCAAUUCUCGCUGACCUAUCAACUGGCAGAAAAGUCCAUGCCCAGGUUGAGAUUUUCGGUUUUCAAUCUAACCUUGUGGUGGGUUCUUCACUCGUUGACAUGUAUGGGAAAUCCAAUGAUGUUGAUGAAGCACGCCUGGUUUUUGACUUGAUGGGCUAUAGAAAUGUUGUUUCUUGGACUUCAAUGAUUACUGCAUAUGCCCAGAACGCACAAGGCCACAAUGCUCUCCAACUGUUUAGAGAAUUCAAUCAGUUGACCUUAGAUCAUCCUAAUCAUUUCAUGCUGGCUAGUGUCAUAAACGCGUGUGCUAGUUUAGGCAGGCUAGUUUCAGGGAAGGUCACACAUGGAGCUGUGAUUCGCCAUGGGCAUGAUUCAAGUGAUGUGGUUGCGAGUGCACUUGUUGAUAUGUAUGCAAAAUGUGGGUGCAUUGAAUAUUCUUCUAAGGUUUUUCGAAGAAUCCACUGUCCCUCUGUAAUUCCGUAUACCUCAAUGAUUGUGGGAGCUGCAAAGUAUGGACUUGGCAAAUUAUCCCUUGAACUCUUUCAGGAAAUGCUCGAGAGAAGGGUAACUCCAAACGAUGUCACCUUUGUGGGGGUCUUACAUGCUUGUAGCCAUUCAGGUCUCAUUGAUGAAGGUCUUGAGCACUUGAAGUCCAUGUUUGAUAGACAUGGGAUAAUACCUGACUCAAAGCACUAUACAUGUGUUGUUGAUAUGCUAGGCCGAACUGGCAGACUUGAUGAGGCUUAUGACAUAGCGAAGUCUAUCCAAGUCAAACCGGAUGAAGGGGCUCUCUUGUGGGGGACUCUUCUUUCCACCAGCAGGCUUUAUGGAAGGGUAGAUAUUGCUUUUGAAGCCAGUAAGUGGCUUAUAGAAUCAAACCAACAAGUAGCAGCUGCAUAUGUUACAAUGUCAAACACUUGUGCAUUGGCUGGGAGGUGGGAUAAUGUUCAUAGUAUACGGUCUGAAAUGAAGCGUUAUGGAGUUUCUAAAGAACCCGGUUGUAGUUGGCUCGAGAUAAAGGAUUGUACUUAUGUAUUCUAUGCUGGGGAUGUGUCUUCGUGUGCACGGGGUAGUGAAGUGGUGAGUUUGUUGAGGGAAUUGGAGAGGAGAAUGAAGGAAAGGGGGUAUGUGGGAGGGAGUUCAGGUUUGGUGUUUUUUGAUGUGGACGAGGAAACCAAGGAGGAAAUAGUGGGUCUUCAUAGUGAGAGAUUGGCAUUGGGUUUUGGGUUGAUAAGCAUACCUAAAGGAGUGACUAUCAGAGUGAUGAAGAACUUGAGAAUGUGUAGGGACUGUCAUGAGGCUUUCAAGCUGAUCAGUGAGAUUGUGGAGAGGGAUUUUGUUGUUAGAGAUGUGAAUAGAUUUCAUCAUUUUAAAGAUGGGUCCUGUACUUGCAGGGACUUCUGGUAACAAGUUUCUUCCAACAAAUUAACAAGUUUAUUUAUGUUUUUCUAACAUAGAGAUAUAUACUUGGUUAUUUAUGUUUUUCGACAUACUAGGUGUAUAUAAAUACUUGGUUAUUUAUG